CUUCACUGAUGUUCAGCGACACCAUGUUGGGGAUUCUCUGCCUUCUCAUCACCGCGCUUACUCGUGGCGAAGCGGCCAAGGUGCUGACCCAGACGCCGGCGGUUCUGACCGUUUCUGUAGGAGAAGAGGUGGUUCUCAAUUGCAACAUUCAGAGAAAUGAUGGCUAUAGAGUCGGCUUUUAUAGACAGCUUCCUGGAGACGCUCCUCAGUUAAUUCUGUGGCAUCUCCGUACAUGGUCCUCACCUAGCUAUAGAUCAGGAUUCUCCUCCAGUCAGUUCGAUGCCAAAACAUCUUCCGAUGUGGAUUUCCAAUUCAUCAUUAAACAGGCAAAGGCAGAAGAUUCUGCUGAGUAUUAUUGUAGCACUUGGGAUAGCUCCGUUAGUGAAGCAGUUGUGGUAUUUGGCGGAGGAACCAAGCUGGUUGUGACAAGCUCUGACGUGACUCCCCCCGUGGUGACUGUCUUCCCCCCGUCCAAUGAUGAACUCCAGUCCGAAGAGGCCACUCUAGCCUGCGUGGCCACUCAGUCCAUCCCGUACGCUGAUGUCACUUGGAUGGCUCGUGGCCGUCCGGCAACGGGCGCCAUCGCCACCGGUCCUGCCACGCGAGAAACGAACAGCAACUACAAAAUCAGCAGCUAUCUCACCGUGCAGACGUCCGAAUGGAACUCGGAUGUCCCGUACACUUGUAAGGUGUCUUUGGGCUCCCAGUCAGCUGAACAGACCAUCAGCAAGUCCAAGUGUGCAACUUAGCAACACCACAACAAUGUUUACGUAUGUUUGUAGUGUUUUUUUUUUUUUUUUCCCGCAUUCUGCUUUAAUUUCACUUGAACGACUCAAUAUUGUUCAAUAAAA